CGCCAAUUUCAUCGCACUCUACUUUCGUCUCUCAGCGUCGCCAUGUUCACCAUUCACGUUGACACAGUGUAUGAUCUGAGGCUCGCGGUGUUGCCAUUGGCUACGCUCUGCGAUGAAGCCGAUAUCAAAUGCUCAAGAGAAAAGUUGUCCAUAAUCGUCGUUUCUUCUCCCUAUCCCUUCGUUGCAUCGCUUCGAAUGUUGCCUACAUUCUUCACUUCCUUUCAGUUGCACGCCGACGGCGACAACUUCGAGGAACAUAGGUUCAAAUUUCUCCUUCAACUCUUUGCUACUAAUAUUUCCAAUAUGUACAGCGAAGAUCUUUCCAUGACCAUCUAUAUCGGCGGAAACCAAAGACUCGCGCCCUUGAAAUUUGAGGAUCCUCAUACUGGAUAUCUGCAAUACUCUGCAUUGGUAUUGUCACAUGCCCAAAAUAUUGAUAUCAGCCCAAUUGAUUACGGAGUUUUUGUUGCAAUUCGUUCAACGGAGUUCAUAAAUAUCGUGUCUGACUUGGUUAUCCUCCCCGAUGAGUUAGUUUCUAUCACUUUAACAGAGACGGAGGUCAAGUUCGAUGCUCUAACUGGGCAAGUUACUUUCACCACAGAGAAUAAAGAUUGCAUAAUUGGGGGUGUCAAGGAAGGAAAAGUAUUUUACUUCAUCAUCACUCUGCAUCCCGUGUACUUUUUCUUCCAUAUAUCCUAUACCUCCAAGUUUGUGUGGAUAUUCAAGACAGUCAGUUCACGCAACUUGUUGAGCUGCUGUACGGGGCUACAUGCUAGCUAUCUGGUCUGUUAUUGACAUUGGAACAAUACCUGGUGAAUCCAAUGUGAGUUUCUCUUUGAUGAAUCUUUAUCUGCGGAAUAUGCAUACAAUAAUAGUCUUUUGAUCAUGUGGAUGCAUAAUUUUGGCAUACUCCACAUUAGGGUUAGCUUCCGGACGUGUAUAUAGAAUUUUAUGUUUGAUCUAUGUUUAAAGUUUGUACAAAUAGAGACAUGUACGACACAUAGUUCUAUGAAUAUGAUUCAUUUUGUUUCA